AAAGAACCCAAAUUUUGGGAACCUCGAAGAACCCAAAAGCUAGGUUCCAUGAGGAACCCAAAUGGUUUCUGUGAAGAAGCUAGAAGCUGGGUUCCUCGAAGAAUCCAUUUUCUAGCUUCCAUGAGAAACCUAGUUUUUGGGAACCUCGAAGUACCUAGAAGCUGGUUUCCUUGCGGAACCCAGCAAGAUGGCGAAGAGGAUGAUGAAGAGGAUGGCAAAGAGGAUGCCAAGGAUGAGGAUGAGCAAGAGGAUAAGGAUGAGGAGAAAGAAGAGGAUGAAGAAAUUAAAGUUAAUUUCAGUUUAAAUUCAUUUAAUUUAUGAAUUAAGAAAUAAAAUUUUUAAUUUGUA